GAAGAACGUUCGUAAUAUAGGCCAAUGCCACUCACUGUCUGAUCCAAGUUAGGAGCUUUCAGCUGCCAGCCGUGGCCCAUUAUGUAAGUGCCGCUAAGAAUUAUUUGCAGUGCCAUUGCAAAACGACCCGUUUCCUGACCGUUUUGCAAGGUGUGCAAUUGUAAUAUUGCUCUUUGCACGGAUACACACGGUUCAGACGCAAAAAGGCUCCAAGUGCAUGAAGAUCGCGGCUUGUAUUCCGCAUCCUUGUUGCAAAGCAAGCCGCUGAAGCAAGCUUCAGUGCGAGGGCGAUGGAGGGAGGGAGUGAGAAAGAAGGCAAAGUCUCUAGUGCAUCCCCUCCCCCCCAUCAAAGCAAAGGGGAAAUGUCUCAGCCAAAGGGAGGUAAGAGGAAGCCUGGGCUUAAGCUCUCCAAGGAAGUGUUUGAGCAGCCUCCUGCUGCUGCUGCUACACCCCCAAGAGAUUUGGAUUCGAAAGCUUGUGUGACCAUUGGAGAGAAGAACUUUGUGAUGAAGGCAGAUGACCUGGAGCAGAUUGGCGAGCUGGGGAGAGGGGCGUACGGCGUGGUGGACAAGAUGAGGCACAUGCCCAGUGGCCUGAUCAUGGCAGUCAAGAGGAUCCGUGCCACAGUGAACACCCAGGAACAGAAGAGACUGCUGAUGGACCUGGACAUCUCUAUGAGGACAGUCGACUGCUUCUACACAGUCACCUUCUACGGCGCACUCUUCAGAGAGGGUGAUGUGUGGAUCUGUAUGGAGCUGAUGGACACCUCUCUGGAUAAGUUCUAUAAGCAGGUGAUAGAAAAAGGCAUGACCAUCCCUGAAGAUAUCCUGGGAAAGAUGGCCGUCUCGACAGUGAAGGCUCUGGAACAUCUGCACAGCAAUCUGUCAGUCAUCCACCGAGAUGUGAAGCCAUCCAACAUAUUGAUCAACACCCAAGGGCAGGUGAAGAUGUGUGACUUUGGGAUCAGUGGUUACCUGGUGGACUCUGUGGCCAAGACAUUGGACGCAGGCUGCAAGCCCUACAUGGCGCCGGAGAGGAUCAACCCAGAGACCAAUCAGAAAGGCUACAACGUCAAGUCUGACAUUUGGAGUUUAGGAAUCACUAUGAUUGAACUGGCCAUCCUGCGGUUCCCCUAUGACUCCUGGGGCACGCCCUUCCAGCAGCUGAAGCAGGUGGUGGAGGAACCAUCGCCCCAGCUCCCUGCUGACCGGUUUUCCCCUGAGUUGGUUGACUUCACCUCCCUGUGCUUAAAGAAAAAUUCCAAAGAGCGGCCAAACUACCCAGAGCUCAUGCAACAUCCCUUCUUCAUCUCCCAUGAAUCCUUAGACACCGACGUGGCUAGCUUUGUCAAGGUCAUCCUCGGGGACUGAGGAGCGCCCUGAUCUAACCCAACCCAAUGCUCUGACCAAUGGCCACGGGGGAGGCGGACCUACAAAAAAAAAAGCACCAAUCACAUACCCUAUUACCUGCGGGACUCCACCCCCUCCCUAGUUCCCGACCCCUCCCUUUGGCACAGUGCAGAUGGACAUUAGAGGAACUCAGAGGAACUGAGUGAGGAGUUAUCCUUAAGGCCAUAAGGCGCUUGCAUAUUACAUAUGGGCAGGGGGCCAAGAUGGGGAAAUUACUGCAAUUUUCAGUAUUGGAGCACCGGCCCAUAUAUAAUCUGGAUUAAUUUAAAUGUAUAAUAAUAUCUGUAUGAAAUGUGAUCCCCCCCCAACCUCUAAAUUUGUCCCACCCUUGUUACUGUACUAGACUCAGUACUAAAACAGAUUUCAUUGUUAGAUGUUAGUGAAUUAAGCAACGUGUGGAUUAUGCCCUGUCCUAUACAGUACUACAGUAUGAGUCAUAAUACCCAUAAAACCUAGCGGUCAAACAGGGAAAUAUUUCCAAUUGUUUUUCCACCAUUCAUUUAUCCUCAUUGGGGAUUUUUAGAAAACACUUAAAAUAAGGGCUGUGUUUCGUGUAGACUUACCGUGCCAUGACGUUUUGAUAACCAUGUAAACCUCUCUCAGACAAGGUGACUUUCAUCAAUAUAUUCGCCUGUAUUUACCCCCCCCCAAAAUGAAAUGCUAAUUAGCUGCUAAUGUUGCUAUCAUAAAGAUCUACACAUGUCGUGAUGAUCUGGACUGCCGAAUCGAGGCAAAGGUAAGAAUCUCUGAAUCACAGGAGGCUGCUGAGGGGAGGACGGCUCAUAAUACUGGCUGGAAUGGCAUACCAUUCCAUUUAUUGUGUUCCAGCAAUUACUAUAAACACAUCCUCCCCAAUUAAGGUGUCACCAGCCGCCUGCGCUCUGGAUUAAUUAUCUGAUAUUAGUAAUUAAUAAAUUGGCUACAUUUCUUUAAAUGAGCAAUUCUGUGAAGUGUCUUGUGCAAGUUUUAAAUUGACACAAUACAUGUCAGCAAAGGUAUCUUUUUAUAUUUUUAACGUUUAAUUUUAUUUGAUGUGCAGGAGCUUGCAGGGAUUUGUAGUUUGCGUGUUUUCUACUUUGAUCCUAAUAAGCAUUUUUUUUAAAUCUGAAAGUCACCUUGUCCUAGAGAGAUUUACAUGUUUAUCAAAACGUCACGUCGGGGCAAACAGCUCUUAUUUGAAGUGUUUUGAAAAUCCCCUAUGGGGAUAAAUGAAUGGUUGAAAAAACGAUUGGAACCAUUUCCCUGUUUGACCGCUAGGUUUCAUGGGUAUUGGGACACCUCCACUGUGGGUCUCUAUUGGUCAAUCCCUGAAAUAUUUUCAAACGCAAUGUAAGAAAACAAAACAGGUUUCUUUUUUUUUUUAACAACUGAAAGUCAUAUGACUAUAUCUAUGUAUAAUCUCAGUGUUUGUAUUAUACUCAAGAUCAAGUGUUGUAUUGGUUUACUAAUUCACUGCAUGUACAGAAAAUAUAUAAUAUAGAAUGGACUGGUAUCAGUCGCCUUUGAAAGACCGAGAGAUUCAGAUUCUCCACUGUCCAGUGGUUAAGCAGUACACAAGUGUGUAAUGGUUGGGAGGUGUCAUUCAGAAGUGCAGGGGGUUUGUCAAAGGAAGUUACUGCACUGUGCUCUCGACUGCUCUCUCAUGUAUAGGUCUACUACACAUUGUGGGCUUUGUGUGUGUGUUCGGUGUCUCUGUGUGUGUGUGUGUGAGGAGCGUGCGUCUGUGUUUAUGUGGCCCCCUUCUAUGUGUGCUACAUGUGUUUUAAAGUGAAGUAUAUGUGGUCGUUGUGGUCCUAGUCACUUCCUGAAUAUUCUUCUCUUCUGAGCCAGUCACAAUACUUUCCCCACUGUAUGUUGAACUGGAAUAGACUAAUAGUUAUACUGCUAUUAUUAUUAUUAUUAUUAUAUAGCUUAUAUUUAUGUAUACUGAUGAGAUACAGGAUACUGAUAUAUUAACUGCUGUUUUCCCUUUGAAAAACGUAGUAUUAACAAUAUACCGUCUUAUUUUACUGUGUGUGUGUGUGUGUGUGUGUGUGUGUGUGUGUGUGUGUGUGUGUGUGUGUGUGUGUGUGUGUGUGUGUGUCGUUCUUGACAGAAUGCUUUAAUGAAACAGUUACUUAUAACACAAGCCUUAUCUGUGCCUCUAAAAAUACAGAAAACAAAAUAACUGUUGCCAGGUAAAGAGAUGUUCUGUAUUCAACAAAGCAAGUCGUCGUCCCCCCCCCCCCCACACACACUUUAUUCACUCGGCAUGUGCCCCUUUCUGUCCAAUGGGGUAAUUUAUGGACAAUAUUUAGGGUGCCCCUUUUGGCUCAAGAACACCCCCAGAGGCAAACAUAAUGUACAGUCCUUUUGUUCAGUGUUAACUCCUCCACAUUACUCUAUAUAUCAUCAAAUCUACUCUACCUGCUGAACACUGCAGGAACAUAUAAACUCACAAUUAGCUUGCAUAGGUUCUAGAAUGAAGCUGUUUUUGCAUUUCCCCCCCCCCCCCCCCUCCACAUUUUUUUUAUCAUUAAGUUUACCUACUUGGACUACAGUAUCAUAUUAAUUCACCACUUGCUUGCAUAGGUUUCAAAAUGUAUUUGUUAGCAUACUCUCUCACCCCUCUCCCUCCCGACCGAACCCAGUCUACUAGAUUGUGACAGUCAUGCCAGUCUUUGAUUUCACAACUGUGGGAUGAAUAGAGUCUGACGUAUGCAGUGGUAGUUUGAUGCCGUGUCAAAACAUACAACUCAUUUACAUGAGAUUUCAAAUACUUUUUUACUUUUUUUUUUAACGCUUCUGAAACUGUAGUCUAGUUUGACGGAAGCCUUGGUUGUCGCUUGUUAUUCUUGUGGUGGCUGAUACUGUGUACAGGCCGACGUCCGUUGCUUUCUGCUGCUUUCUGAGAGUGACUGGCAAGAUGGCCGAUGCUCUUGAGCCUCUGUUAUUAUGGAAGAACUACUGUAAAUGUUAUGAUGCGGGGAAAAUGGGAAGGCGGGAUAUAAUCACAUUUCAAUAACGAAAUGCACAGUUCUCUUUUUGUGUGUGUCCUGCUUUUGGAAACUUUCAACGGUUCUUUUAGCAAACAAUUUCUAUCUUAUUUCAAUGUUGCUUAACAAAGAAAACAAAUAUAUUACGGACUCCAGACAUUCAUACCUGUAUUCCUGUCUUGUACUCAUUUUGCAAAGUAGACCCAGAUUUGAAUAUGUUGUAACUUAGUGUUAGGGCAACUGUCAUCUGUUCCACCUUGGUGUUGAGUCUGAGUCCUGCUAUUCUCUUGUCCAGUAGCCCGUUCUGUUCUUUCAACUAUACAAACAUCCAUGCAUUGAUGUCCUCCGCUUGUCUGUAGAGACAAUCAGCCCUGGGCUAUAAAACCUUUCCUGUCCUUCUUAUCUAUAUGUGCUGUUGUAGCACCUUCCUCUUUCAACCACCAUCCAAGAGCCCAGACCAUUACCAGACCUACUGCGUUCAACCACCAUCCAAGAGCCCAGACCAUUACCAGACCUACGGCAUUCCACAGUAGUGGAUCUAUUGUGCUUUGCCCCUUGGCAUGACAGGUACAGUGGUACAGUACAUGCUGUGCCAUCAACACACAUGAUUGCUAAGGUCUGGUCACCCACAAUGUGGCGCUGUUCCCCCCCUGCAGCUUCUGAAAGCCACUGAGAUCUUAAAGACCAAGGUCUCUUUUCAACAGUGUUCCACUGUUGGCUAUUCUAAUGGCCGUGUUGCAUGACUGUUACUGUCUUCUGCUGGUCCAAUGUUUUAUAAUAUUAGAUGGAUUAUAUGCUCAUAAGAUUCAAGUCAUGAAACCAAAACGUAUUGCUUUAUUAUUAUAACUAAUGGUUUGUCCAGAAAUCUGUAGCCAUCUCCCACAAUUUUUGAAUUGGUCACAUCAUCCCUGCUUUCUUUUGUAAUGUUUUAACUCUUUCUCUCAGACUGUUCCUGUCCUGUCUCUUCCUAGAAAGAGCUCUUGAGUCCUAGUGUGGCCACCCACUGAUGUCCUGGCCAGGUCCCUAAUGGGCCCAGUCUCCUCUCUAUUCUUCACACACACCCUCCUCAUCACUCUGAUUUAUUCAUUGGGUGGUCCAAGGAGCUGGAACACGUGAGUUCAGGCUGAGGAGAGAGAGACUAAUUCAGGGACAUGGUGUCUGUACCCUACCUAUCCCUUUGUGACAGACUCUUACUAUCAAACAGCCAGAGCCCACGCAAGACGUGCGAUAUUUGGUUCUGUGUGCCCUGAUUGGAGCGAUGAUUGGCUGGUAGAACACAGCUUGUUAGUGAUGCUGUUCCCAUGUGCUAGUUAUCAUAUCAGUCAUUUUUAGACUUUUUAUUUCAUCUUCGCUUGAGGCUGUUUAGGCCUAUUUUCGAACACUGAAAAUCUUUAAUAUCGUUAGCAUCAUAUAACCGGUUGCAUUUGGUGAAAGGAAGUUUUAGCUAAGCCAAUGUUAGGGGCAGUUUGUGUGGUUACUGUUAUUUUUUUUUUAAAUGUAUUUUAUUUAACCUUUUAUUUAAAUAGGCAAGUCAGUUAAGAUUAAGAACAGAUUUUUAUUUUACAAUGACGGCUUACUCCGGCCAAACCCUGACAACGCUGCGCUAAUUGUGCGCCGCCCUAUGGGACUCCCAAUCACGGCCGGUUGUGAUAAAGCUUGACAUCGAACCAGGGUCUGUAGUGACGCCUCUAGCACUGAGAUGCAGUGCCUUAGACCGCUGCGCCACUCAGAAGUUUGAAUUUACUAGAGGUAUGAUUUCAAGUGUUGUUGUUGGAAGUUGGUUGAUGUGAUAUAUUAUUUGUUAUUUUUCUCACGUACAGUUGUUGAUAUUGCAUUUUUGUUGGGGAUAGAGGAUAGUGCUCAGUUUUAUUCUGACUGUAGUGUGUGUGUGUGUGUGUGUGUGUGUGUGAGUUGGGUUCUUCUGUUCCUGUAGGGAUCUAAACUCCACAAAUAUUCUAACAAGGAUAGUAAAACAAGAAUACAUUUCCCACAUCCCCAUGAGGACAAAAGCUAUUUUAGGUUUAAGGUUAGGGUUAGUAUAAGAGGGUUAUGUUACGAGUUCAGGUUAGGGUUAGUAUAAGAGGUUUGGGUUAUGGUUACGAGUUCAGGUUAGGGUUAGUAUAAGAGGGUUAUGGUUACGAGUUCAGGUUAGGGUUAGUAUAAGAGGUUUGGGUUAUGUUACGAGUUCAGGUUAGGGUUAGUAUAAGAGGUUUGGGUUAUGGUUACGAGUUCAGGUUAGGGUUAGUAUAAGAGGGUUAUGGUUACGAGUUCAGGUUAGGGUUAGUAUAAGAGGUUUGGGUUAUGGUUACGAGUUCAGGUUAGGGUUAGUAUAAGAGGUUUGGGUUAUGGUUACGAGUUCAGGUUAGGGUUAGUAUAAGAGGUUUGGGUUAUGGUUACGAGUUCAGGUUAGGGUUAGUAUAAGAGGUUUGGGUUAUGGUUAUGAGUUCAGGUUAGGAUUAGUAUAAGAGGUUUGGGUUAUGGUUACGAGUUCAGGUUAGGGUUAGCUCUUAGGGAAAAUAGGAUUUUGAAUGGAAAUACAUUUUAGGUCCCCAUGAGGAUAGAAGAACAUAAGAUGUGUGUGUGUUAUGGGACAUGUCUAAUACAGUCAGUGGAUAGGCUGGAGGGCAGUGCUAUCUUUAUCCUCUCUGUUCCUGAACUGAGCUGGAGGGCAGUGCUAUAUUUAUCCUCUCUGCUCCUGAACUGAGCUGGAGGGCAGUGCUAUAUUUAUCCUCUCUGCUCCUGAACUGAGCUGGAGGGCAGUGCUAUCUUUAUCCUCUCUGCUCCUGAACUGAGCUGGAGGGCAGUGCUAUAUUUAUCCUCUCUGCUUCUGAACUGAGCUGGAGGGCAGUGCUAUAUUUAUCCUCUCUGUUCCUGAACUGAGCUGGAGGGCAGUGCUAUAUUUAUCCUCUCUGUUCCUGAACUGAGCUGGAGGGCAGUGCUAUCUUUAUCCUCUCUGUUCCUGAACUGAGCUGGAGGGCAGUGCUAUCUUUAUCCUCUCUGUUCCUGAACUGAGCUGGAGGGCAGUGCUAUCUUUAUCCUCUCUGUUCCUGAACUGAGCUGGAGGGCAGUGCUAUAUUUAUCCUCUCUGUUCCUGAACUGAGCUGGAGGGCAGUGCUAUAUUUAUCCUCUCUGUUCCUGAACUGAGCUGGAGGGCAGUGCUAUAUUUAUCCUCUCUGUUCCUGAACUGAGCUGAACUCCCCUGGAAGAUACUAAGGCCAGUCAUGUCUGUCACACACACACACACACACACACACACACACACACACACACACACACACACACACACACACACACACACAGUAGGCUCUCCCAGGGAGCCAGACGUGCAUGAUGGAAGGAUGAUUUCCUGCCUCUCUCGUGUGUGUCGGUGUGUGUGUGUGUGUCUGUCAGUGGUUCUAUUUGCGUGCUCAUUAGUAGUACCCACCUGCUGAAAUUGUCACCCAGGGUUUGUCAUCGUGGCAGGACGUCACAGUGGAAUAUAUGUCCAGUCAACAAUCCAUCCUCACGUGUGUUGUCAUAUCCCACUGUCAGAUUCUUCCAGGUUUCUGACUUAUCCCAUUUAGUUUUUCCUAGCCGUAUAUUUUGGGACUUUGUAUUGGUAAAACGGGAAUUCUUCUUUUCGGGAAUCGGAGGGUCGGUUAUUCAUUUAAAAAAAGUCACAGGUCAAACAGGUAGGGAUGAGUCAUUGUCUGAAAAGUUGAACGCUAAGAAUCAUAGGAUGCUGUUUUUGUCACCAUCUUCCUCAUCCUCUUCCUUCUCAUGCCUGAUAAAGCCAGUGACACGAUGACUUCCCAUCCAAAGUGGAAAUGGAACGUUUUUAGUCCGUUUGUACUUUCCCCGUUGUUCUUCUCUACUCAAACAUCACCCAGCCCUCUUCUCAGAAGCUGUACAUUUAGUCGUCAUCAAAAACAAAUUGCUGUUCUGUUAUGCAUUUGCCAGACUAUAUCAAGUGUAAAUUUGUUGUAUUUGUGAAGUGUGUGAAAACUAUGCUUUUGUUUUCACACAUUAUUGCAAAACAUUUUUUGCUUAAAUGUUCUUUGUUAAGGUGAGCUGUGUAGCCAUCAGACUCACUUUGUUGGAAUAUGGAAACUUUUGGAGCUUAGUGUCUCUGUGGCCAAUGGAUACCUGGCUGCAGGUACAGUACAUGCAGCUGUGCUUGACUUGUGUUGUGCUCUUUUGUGGGGGAUCCGAUUCAAGCCAGGCGUGUGUUUGUGGGAGUGGGAUGAUGUGAAUGCAAUGGGGAGGGAUUGUGGAUGAGUCCAUAUUGUCAAUGCUGACUGGUUUCAGAAAAUACAUUUGCAGAGAUGGUUUCAAAUGCUACUGUAAGUAAAAUGGAGAAGAGCGAGGGAGGCAUAUAUUCUAUUGUAUGAUGGGCGGUUGGGCAGGGUUACCGUGGUGACCAUUGCCGUGGGGAAGUGAAGUUCUCAGUAUAUUUACACGUUGAUCUCUUUAAAGCUUCUGAUUUUAAAAAAAGACUGAUGACUGUUUGCUUCUUAGAGCUAAAUGAAUUUCUAUUAAAUAUUUUAAAAAGAUUGCUCAAACUGAUUGUGUGCGAUUGUAAUGAUGGAAAUUCAAUAAAAGGUAUUUUUACACAAUAA